AUGGUUGAAAUCAAAGAAGUUUAUUCCAAAAUGUACCAGCGCAGUUUGGCAGAUGACAUGCAUAAAUAUUGCACUGAAGAUGAUCUGAGAAAUAUUUUAUUGUCUCUCAUUAAAGGUACUCAAAAUUUCUCUGUAUGAUUAUGUAACGUUAUCCCAAAACGCAAUAUCUUGUGACUAAAGCCGUGGGUAAACGAGGAAUUUUUCCAUGGCGAAAACAAGUUUCAUUUGUUCGUGUGCAUGCACGGCGAAAUAUACUCAAUUUUUUUUAGUUGACGAGCAUAUCCUCGCGUAAAAACUAGUCCUGCCAGUUUUUGACGAGGAAAGCAUAUUUGACUUGGCUGUUUUGUAUGUCUGACAAGAAACUUAUUAACAAAAAAAAAGCUCGGAAUAAUAAAACUUGCAAGGAAAAAAUUGUUGACUGUACCCACACGAGCAAGGAAAAUUUGCCGUUGUUUGUAUAUGCCAUGAGUUGUAAUUGAACGUUGAACGUUUUCCUUUUCCUUUUCAUUAGAAUGGAAUCUGGAUGAAGAGGUAAAAUCAUGAAAAACUACUAUUUCUGUCAUUAACUAGUUCGAUGUUGUAAUGUUGUAUCUAUAAAUAUCUGCUUUGUGUUUUAGCCCAAGCCUCAACUAACCCUCCUGCCAGAAAUCGUUUAUCAUCCCACUGUCGUGACGUCACCAAAUUUUGUCGCCGAAAACGAUGCGAAUACUGUUAAAGAAGAACUGGGUAAAUUGAUUAUUACAUUUGGUUAAAUUUAACAAACACUUUUUCUUUGUUGCACGUUCUUUAAUAUUCAGUAGAGCUAUUCUUAAGCUUUGAGUAAACUACUGCAUGUAGUUGAAAUUCUUUCCAUGCCAUGUUUCCCAAAGGUUUGCAAAUCGAGUAACAUUGUCAGAACUUCUGACUGUAGAAAAAUAAAUUACUUCUGAAAUUCAAUUUCUCAAUUGCAACUAAUACUGGCUGUGGUAUGUCCAUACAUACAGGUUGAUGCAUGGUUGGGAAUUUAGAAAGCCAUGUGUUACGAAUGUUUCUUGCACUUUUUCUUUCAUAAAGGAAAAGUUGUUUCCUCAACAAUGUUUUCGAGGUUUUGAGGGAAAACAAGACUUUCUGAUGUUUCCCGUGCGACAAUCUUUCCUAGUGAUAUUAUUAUUUUAAGAAAUUUAACUAUAAUUUUUAAUUAAUAUUCCAGGCAAGAGUAAGAAUGCCGUAGUGGACUUACUGACGACCAGGACAAAGGAACAGAGACAAGAAAUUGGUGAAGCUUACAAGAAGAAAGAAAAUGAAGUAAGACGCCCUUGUCUGUGUUGUAUUAUCUGAAUAGAAAGUUUGAGCAACACAACGAAGUACGAAGACGAACUUGCGCAUACUGAGUUUGGAGUCACUGGGGGUUGCUCAACGUGUCUUCCCGUUAUAGAUUCAUGUCUCACUGUUUAUGAAUACUGACUCUAAUCCUGACCCUGACCCAGAGAAACCAGCGAGACAUGAAACUAUAUCCCGUCUUUGUUCUUCUGCCUUCCUUCAGAACGAAAUUCACGACGAAUUUUGCCUAUAUAUUUGUUCCAAAUUUAAUGAAACAAUUUCAAUCUGUCAUCAGUUUCUCUAACUAAACAUCUCUCGUUGGCAAAACACAUCAUACCGAGGCAAGCAGCCUAGCAAAUUGCCCGAUUUUUUAAAAGUAGAAUCUGCCAGCAAUGGUCAAUUAUACGUGGUCGCAUUAUACGUCCCAAAAUACAAGAAACUGUUUCAGUUGAUUCUAGUAAUUGUCCAAUAACAUGUUCUAUGUAGGAAUUACUUGAUACGCUUAUUCGAGAGUUCGGCGAUGAAUCCAAAGACAUGUUUACCGUUUUAAUACAAACUGGCAAAUCUGAUGCUGAAAUGAUUCAUGAAGCCAUGGAGGUAAGAUUAUUGGUUUGUUGGGAAUAAUUUAUCUACUUAUGUUUGCAACCGUUGGUUUAUAAAUGUGGUAUUUAUUGCCUAACAUUCAUCUUGGGUUUCAACAACAAUUUUCUUAAAAUUACCAGUCUAAUGUGCAGUUUGAAAAUAGGAUUUGUUUAUUUUGUUUAGGGUAUCGGAACAAGAGAACAUAUCCUCAUAGAUAUCUUGUGUAGACAUAACGUACAGGUGCGUUGUACAUUUGUGCACGUUGAUAACAAGUUAUAUUAGAAAGCGACUUCUGAUACAUUACUGAAUCUAUGUAGGAAUUGGUUUGCAAGGCUGAAUCUAUGUGUAGGAAGAUUUGGUAUAUUUGUGUUGAUAACAAGUUGGAAAACGAUCUUUGAUAACAAGUUCAAAAACUCAAUAAUUCAUGAGGAAAACACGAAGAAAAAUCAUAAGCAUGUCGUAUCUUUAUAUGUGAUAGAGAUUUCUUGUGAUUUACAUAAAUUUUAACUUUGAUUUUCUCGACUUACACUGACAACGUAUUUUUUGAAAAUUACUUCGCCAAUGAACUUACUAGAACGAUCGUUUUUGCCGCAAUUUAAAACAUUUGCAGUGCGUGUUUUAUCAGACCUAAAGAUGCUCUUAAUAUAUGAUAAAACACUGCUGCUCAUGUUUUAAAUAGUACUUAAAAACCGACUUCUGGCAUAUUGUAUGAUGGUACUUCUCAAAGAAACUCCAGUAUUUAAAGGGAUUUUCUUUGCCAAAAGUGACGUUUAUUACUUGUGGUACUUCUUUGCAUUUUCUCGUGGAUUAUAACAGAAGUCUUUUCCUUUCUAGGAGAUUGAGAAGAUAAAGACAGAAUAUAAAAAUAGUAAGUGCGUUUAUCUUUGCUUAAAUUAAGUCUUGUCACAUUACGUUCGCAGUUCAAUUAUCAAGUGUUCUGAGAAAUGGGACGGUAUUUAGUAUUUACUUGGUGUUCAUAUUGAAUCGCUCUUUUAAUAACACACAAAAAAUCUUUUAAGCUUACAACAAGGAGAUGGAAGAAGCAGUUGGGAAGGAAACUAGUGGUGAUUUGAAUGAAUUGUUGCUUCGGUUAAUCAAGGUAACUUCAGUAUUAUUUCUUACCUGGAAAAAAUGUUUCAUUAUACUUCAGUAGUUUCAAAUCGGUGUUUGAAAAGAAGGGUAAAUAAUCCUUUUUGUUUUCUUAGUGUGAAAGAGUGGAAUCAGAUUCUGUUGACAUGAAACAAGUUGAAAACGACGCCAACGAGCUGCACAAGGUAUACUACUUUCCUGGUGUGUAUACUGAAUCUGUUUUUACUCAAAGGUUUCCUUUACUGCAGGGUUUAAAGAAAACUACACACUUUUCAAAUGGCCAUAAAAUUGGACAUUCCGCAACAUUUGUGGAAAUCUAAGGACAUUCUGAUUUCUUGAACACUAAUUUUAAAAUAUACCUUAAGAUUAAACAUCCCAGUGCAAGAAAGGGCUGUUUUUUGCCAAUCAUCACAGGAAUGGAAGGUUUAAAACGCAAUUUGAAAUCACUUGUAGCAAAUUUAAAAGGUGCUUUAUGCGAGCUAUCAAAGAACAAAACAAUUUGACGUGUAUAAGUAUUGUGUCUACCGCCCGAGCGCUAAAACGCAGAUUCGAACAUAAUUUGAAAGGAAUUUUAUUUAUGCUUGCAUGAAUGCAUGCAUGCAUGAAAUGCUAUAAUGCUCAUGUAUGAAAUCACUCAUUCUUGUGUGCAAGCGGUUUUAAUGUGGUUGGCAAAAACCGUCUUUUUACACUUGGAAGUUUCAUUCUAAGUAAAAUUGUAGUGUUGAAAAAAUUCAGAAGACCAUUAACUGCCCUUAUUCACGCAAAAUUUUACAACAGUUGUGGAAUUUUCAGUUUAGUGUCCAUUUGAAAAUUGUCUACUGUUUUAAUACACCUGUAGUUGACUUGCUUAUGUGUACAGUUAACUGUUCUUCUUGACGAGUUUUAUUUGAAGCGUCUCUGAUGUAGAAAAUAGAGUAGAACAUUUUCUUUGCGGGCUUUAGACGCAAACAAGCUUUUCUUAUUCAAAACUGUGCGUUCAAAAGCCACCAUAUCUAUACCUCUUUUGAAAUUUGCUUUAUGCUUCUAUUUCAAAGGCAGGCGAAGGGAAGGCUGGAACGGAUGAGUCUCAGUUUAUUGAAAUAUUUUCCACCAGAAGCUUUGGUCAUUUGAAACUGAUCUUUGAGCAAUAUCAAAAGGUAAAGUCGACAUUUCUAAUUUUCCUCAUGCGUGCCUCAAAUUUUUAUCCAGAUAUGUAGUGUGCAUAUUAUUAAUCGGUCUUUACACUCGCUACCAUUUGGUUGCUAGCCUGAAUAUGUUGUGUUUUUUAAACUAGGUAUUUUUUACGUUUAUAAAUCAUAUAGAUUUCUGGGAAAACUAUUGAAGAAUCUAUACAAAACGAGUUUUCUGGUGAUGUUGAAGGAGCGUUUAUGGCUUUAGGUAAAAAUUAAAUUGGAAAAUGAAAAUUUGUUUUUAAACGCAAUUUUAAAAAACAAUUUGUUGUAUACCUUUACUCAAAAUGUCUAUAUUAUUUACACUUUAGUAUCUUAUUCAAAUGAUCCUUUGUCUUAUCAUGUGACAAGACUUGGUGAGACCAUCAAGGAAGAUCAACCUGUAUUCUGUAAAAUGGUUGUUGAACGUUCUGAGGUAACUACAGUGUAUGUUACUAGUAUCUGAGUCAGUCAGGUUAUUGUGGCUGGCACUCAUAUAUAAAAGGUAUUUUCGCUAAGGCCAAAACGCAUCAUCUUUGACUAUGCGCGUCAGCAUGUUUCUUUUAUGAAAACCGUUGAUCAUCGCAAGGAAAUUUAGAGGAAAUGUUCUUCCUAAUUGGUCUAGGAAAUCAACUGAAACUUUGACACGAAAGUAGUAUGUUACAUGUUUAUGAAUACAUAUUGGUACUCAAACUUGCUGCAUAUUUUGGCAUGAUUUUUGUGAGAGAAUAAAGCAUAUUCUUGUGAUAUUUCAUAUUUGAUAUAUUAUUUUAUACCCUGAAAAUUUAAUAUUAUUUUAUUAUAGUAGUUCUUAUUUUAUUCGAUGUAAACUUGGUCGCAUUUUAACAUUAAGUUUUAAAAUCUAUCUAUUUACUUAUAGAAAUUAGAAAUGUAUUCGCCAUUUCUGCAAAAGCGUUCCCUUGAAAAAAAAUAAAAAAUUGGACAGUUGAACUGACCAGAAACAGAACACUUUUUUUACCUAACCACUGUGUCAAAACCCAUAAUUCACAAUUCUACUUAGACUAUGAAACGUGAAUAUUGUUUUCUAAGUCUGACGAUGUAUUCUAUCUUAAGGUGGAUAUGGUAGAGAUCAAAGAACUGUAUCAGAAGACUAACCUGAGAUCUCUAGCAGAUGAUAUCCGAGAACAAUACACUGAUGAUGUCAAGAAUAUUCUUCUGGCACUCAUUAAAGGUACAGAUUUCUUAAUAGUCCUUAUAAACCAUGAAAAGCUCAAAACUGUCAUGGAGCUCAAUUGAAUACUCAAUAUUUCAAUAAAAGAGUUUUCUUUUUUAAAAUUUUCUUCUAUUUUGUUUUAGAGUGGACGGCGGAAGAAAGGGUAAACAUUUUUCUUUUAGCUUUUUUUUCCUCAAUUUUGACAUAUUUAAAGGCCGUAUUGGCCUUUGAUUACUUUUAUACUUUAUUUAUAUGCUGACAUUUUAAAUUUGGUAUUAAUUACUAGUUACCUUUAGUUGCCAUAACACCUAUUAGAGUGUUUGAUUUUGUUCUUCUUUCACUUUUAGGAGGAGGAAAAGACGAUUCCAUUACCAGCUGCAGUUGUGUAUCACCCCACAGUUAUAGCAGUGCAAGAUUUUGCUGUCGAAAAUGAUGUGAAUGCUAUUAAGAAUAAUUUAGGUAAGAAGGAAACAUCGUGAUAUUUAUGCUGUCUAACAAGUCUUGCAAACCGUGUUCCAAUUAAUAGAUUGUGUUAUAUUUUGCACUGAAGAAAGUCUACGUUCACAUCUAUGAUAUCAAAACUUUUCAACACAUUUAAGCUAAAAAUCUUCAUCUUCCAAUAAUUGUCAAAGCUUAGUUCAAACGUCAUGUGCCGCACCUAACAUAAAUGUCUUGAACAUAUUCUUUGAGCUCAUUUGCAUUAUGGCCGGCACAUGAAAACCAUUGCACUAGGCCUUAUUUUCUUUGUCUUGUGCGGCUGUUUAAUAUGGAACUAUCUGAAGAAUUGUUACUUUGGCGCUGUUGAAAUGCUCAGCAACAGGUGCUCAGCAUCUUUUUUAUGGAAACGUGACAAUACUCACCAACGUUUUCUCACGAAUGUCCAGUUUCUCCAAUGUUAAAUAUACCAUGAUUAUAUGCAGUGAUAAUUUAUUUUAUUUUUUGAAGGUACGGACAAAGACGCUAUUAUUGGGCUUCUAACAACACGAAGUAAAGUCCAACGGCAUGGCAUUAGUGAAGCAUAUCAGAAGCAAGAAAGUAAAGUAAGUUUGUUUGCCUGUUUCAGAGGGCUGCUAGUGGGCUAUUGCUGGUUUGUGUAUGGUGUAUUUUUUACUCCAAUUUCUCUGAAUCAAUCUUGCAGGCAUUGCAAGAACAGCUUGUGAUCGAAUUAGGACCAACGUCCCAAAACAUUUUGACAUUGUUGGUGCAGUCACCAAAGUCUGACGCUGAACGUCUUCAUGAAGCUAUGGAGGUAAGAGGUUCUCCUUUAAAAUAUAUGUCUUGAGGUUUUAUUCUCCUCCAUGUUGAUUUUUUCAACUUUUAUGAAAAUGUCAUGCCAUCGAUAUGGACCUCGCAGAGAAAAAGAACAUUUAUAAAUGCUAAAGUGUAAUCGGGGUUAUACCAAUCAACACAAUUUUAGAAAAAAUCACUAUUCGAUGGAUAGCACAUUCUGGCCUUCGUACAACUGACUCUAGAAGUUUAUAUAUUCACUAUUCAGAUUGACAAAACUAAGUCAAAAUUUAAACCGUAUGAAUACACAAAACCGUGGAUGGUGAUAUUCGCUACCCCAAGAAAAACUAAAACACUUGGUAAUGGAUAUUUCGAGCGAAGACCCUUCGUCUUGGGCGUUAGUCGCUAUUAUUAUAAGUGCUAUUAUUAUAAUUUCUUGAAGAAAGGCCUUGUAAUAUUUUUCAGGCAGAGAAGUAUCAAGCUUCAUGGUUCUAUGCGCAAUGGCCAAUGUACCAUGCAGAUGUUGCCGGUCAUUUUAGAUAAAAUUUCUCCAAUCUUUAUUUCAGGGCUUUGGCACGAAAGAAGAAAUUCUUAUUGACAUUCUAUGUCGACGAACUAAAGAGGUAUGUAUAGAGCCUAUAGACCAUUCCCCUUGAAUUUAUUAAUACUACAAAAUUGAUAUAUUUUGUGUAGUGUAUUUAAAUUUUGUUAGCUAAUGAAAAGUAGGACGUUUCAAUAUAAAUGUCAUAACAUUUUGUUUUUCUUUGUAGGAGGUAGCGAUUAUCAAGACAAACUAUAAAAAUGGUAACUAUUUCAAUCUUUUUUCAUUCCUUUUUGCACUCUUAUUACAUUCCUUUUGAACUUUCAUCUAUACAUUUUUUCAUUUCGUUUCAGCCCACGGAAAGGAGUUGCAAGAGAUGAUAGAGAAAGAGACAGGUGGAGAUUUUCAAACGUUGCUGGUUGAGCUUAUUAAGGUGAAUGGUAUAUCGAUUAUAAAUGUUGUUGCCAGUUAUAAUGAUAUUAUAUAGAAGUUCUAGCAAACAACUACACAGUGAAGAAUCAUAUAUGUGAAUUUCAUCGCAGGUGUGGACAGUAUCAACAAGUACACACUGAAAUUGGUAUACUUUGUGGUGUAAUUUACAAUGGUGGUUGUGUAUUACAUUCCCUCAUUCGCGCCUUUUAUCAUGUGAGCUUGUAGCCAUCCUUGCUAUAUAACAGUUGACUUUAUUACAACCUUUCAAAUAAAUGACUUAUUUUUUGUGGUUUUAUAGUGUGAGAGGGAGGAAAAGGAUGUUAUUUAUCCAAAAGAAGUACGACAAGACGCUUCGGACUUGCACCAAGUAUGUGAUAUGAUUGUAUUAACUAUAGAGUAAUGCAGACCUGAUCUAAUGUGUCAAAUGUGAGAAAGCGUGUUUCAUCAGGUUAUCCAAACAACUUGCCAACAGUAAGCUGUCACUCAAUUUUCAAUGUUAUAGGAAAUGUCUUCAAAACUUCGAGAAAAGUUCUUCCAUCUCAGUAUCGAUAAAUGUUUGAUAUUCUUUUUCAUUAUUGUUUUGUUUUGUAAAAACAUUUUUUCAUGUUUGUUUAGGCUGGUGAGAAAACGAGUGGGACAGAUGAGUCACAAUUCAUCAAUAUCUUUACAAGCAGAGGAUUGCCUCAUCUGAAGAUGAUGUUCGAGCAUUACAAGACAGUAAGUGUAUCAGCUCAGUAUAUGGAUUUUGCAUUUUGAAUUUUUUCAAAGUGAUAAACUGCAUGCUAGCAAACAUUUGUGGUUAAAGUUGUGGUCAAUCUGUCCCUGCAAACAAAUGUGCAUACGAGCACGACGGACUUUACUGUCUCUAUAAUGAAUAACGAAAGAAGUGUGGUCAAUUUGUUAAAGAGUUUAAUUAAUGUGCAUGACCCAGUAUUUAUCAGACUCUUUCGUAUUUUUCGUCCAGAUUGCAGGCAAAACUAUCGAAGAAAGCAUAGAGAAAGAGUUCUCAGGCGAAAUCCAGACUGCUUUGUUGACUAUGGGUAAGAAUUAAUAGAAUUAGUUAAAACAAAUUAGGACCAUUUGCAUUUCAAUUUUAACCUGCAUGAGUGCAAAUUCAUGCAACAUUUUCUCUUAUUUUUUAGUGUCCUACAUCAAUGAUCCGCUGACAAGUCACGUGACAAAACUGAACAAGACAAUCAAAGACGAUGUUGAUACAUUUAGUCGGAUUAUCAUUGAUCGCUCAGAGGUACAAUGGGCGUUUUACUUGACUCAAUUAGUCCAUUAGAUUGACACCUGGUUCCUGUAGCGCUGAGCUGACCAGAGCUAAAAGCUCUGCUGAAUGGAGUACUAAUCUACCUCAUGGCCCACCCCCAACAUAAUCUUGUAUUCAUUUAUGAAAUAGGCCACAGGAGAGACUUAGGAAUAGGCCACAGGAGAUGUUUAAGAGGCACCUUCCUUCCUUAUAUUUUUGCCAACUAACUUUGCUCUCGACUGUGUCUUUAAAAUGUUUAUUUUUCAGGUGGACAUGGUGGAAAUCAAGGAACAAUAUGUACAGGCGCACAAGAAAACAUUAGCAGAUGAUAUCAAGGAACACUUCAAGGAAGAAGAUGUCAGGAACAUUUUGCUUGCUCUUAUUAAAGGUAUGUCUUUCGUAUUCAAUAAAGUGUUAACUAAAGUAAGCUUUAUUUGAACUGCACAGCUCUAUGUGUUGAGAGGUCUAGUGAGGGCCAUCUCUUAUCGGUCCAGUUUUACUGCACAAGGAAACCGGAGUACUCUGGGAAAACAUGUGAUAUUUGGUGGCACUGGAAGCACUUUUUUCAUCCGAGAACUGCACAAUGCAUGAAUCAAACGAGGGUUGCAGAGAUGCAGGGCACAUAGGAAACAUUAAGUACUGUGCUACUACAUCCUUGUACGACCAAUAAGGCGUGGCCUAGGCUGAAUUUAUAGGAACAUCUAUUUGGAGAGUGCUGGAUCGAGCUAUUGAGUAUAAAGAAAGUUAGUUUAGUGUGUAUGCACUGCCAUUAUUUAAAUACAAGUACUAUAUAAUAAAAAACAAAAACUCUUUUGUUUGUUCUUAGAAUGGGUUCCCGAAAAACAGGUUUGUGAAACAUGUUGUAUUUUGUAGAACGAAAUUAUGUUUAUUUCUAUAAUUUUUAUUGUUGGCAAAACCUUGUAGAAUAAUAUUACCAAGCCAGCAGGUGGAUCACUUUAUUACGGAAUAUAAAUUUUUAUUUUCCCCAGCCAACGAUUCCAGCUGAUUCUCCUGUUGUCUAUCAUGCAACUGUUGUUUCUCCCGACAAGUUUGUUGAAGAAGAUGAUGUCAACGAUUUGAAAAAACAUUUGGGUAAGAAUUAGCUAUUGGUAAAUAUGGCGAUGUAACAUGCAAGAAGUUUAGGAUGUCUGGAUGUCUCUUCAAUCUUCUCACGCUGUCAUGUCAAUAUUUGUAUAAUUACAGGCAGCAGCAAGAACUCCAUAAUCACUCUACUGACAAGCAGAACCAAAGAACAACGAAAGAAAAUCAGCGAAGCUUAUCAAAGUAAAGAGAAUUCUGUAAGAACAACUUUCUUUUCUGCAAUUGUUUUGGUGUACGGGAUUGAAAAUAUCGAUGUGGAUUAAGCACAUGCCUUUUAUAUCCAUAUUCCCAUACUGAUACACGUGGAUUGAAUUAUAACUUUUUACAUUCUGCAUAGAAACUUGAAGAAAAACUUGACACAGAAUUUGACAAAGAAACUGAAGAUCUGGUGUCUGUGUUGAUGCAACCAAGCCAAACAGAUGCUGAAAAACUACAUGGUGCUAUGGAGGUAAUUUUCGGAGCUAUAGACAACCCCAAGUUUUUGUUCUUUACACUAUGUACACACUCAAUCAUGUGUAACGUGCUAUCUAAAUUCUCUUUUCAUGAUAUCCUUCCAUCUCAUAUUCUGUCUCCAAACUCUUUGUCGUCCUUGUAUUGGAUAUUUCAAUGCUAUAGCACGUGCAAAAUUAGGAACUAUUAUUAAUAUCUUUUAGGGCUUUGGUACGAAGGAAGAUGUGCUUAUCAAUGUUUUAUGUCGCCGCACCCAACAGGUAUGUAACAUUUUCGGGCCCGCAGUAAUUGGCAAACGCUGUUGCGGAUUCCCUGCCACUGUAAUAUGUACAAGGCGAAUUAAAUAAAUAAAUAAAUAAAAUAAGUAUGCGUUAUCCUCCCUUGCACUCAUUGGGUUAGAUUAGAUAAAGUUGGAUUAUAAGUUAGCUUGCAUUGAAUUAGAUCAGUUUAAGCUAAGUUGUUGUUAAAACAACAUGAUAAUCAUGGCCAAAAAACGAUGGAUUAUUAGUGAUUCGAACAUUAUGAUGGAUUUGGAUUAUUUAAAUCGAUCCCUCAAACAUAAUAGAGAAGUUCAAAUUUUAUAAUAAUAUGCAAAAUUAAUCAUUUUUGUGAUUGUUUUAAAAAUAGGAAAUAACAGUUAUCAAAGAGCAAUAUAAAAAACGUAAGUAAAUUUUUGUUAUUAUUUUGUUUCGCGAUGGUAGUGUUUGAUUUGUUGAAAUCGUCCAGUUCACCCAUUGGCUGAUUUCAGUGCAUGACCCAAUGCAUAGCAUAUACCAAAUCACAACGAUAUUUCUUUCAGAGUAUGAAAAAGAUUUAGAUACCAUGAUUGAGAAAGAAACUGGUGGUGAUUUAGAAAAAUUAUUCAUUGAAAUACUAAAGGUAAAUAGUGCUGUGGGUAUAUGAUAGUUUAUAUUCAAACAAGAAUCUUUAAAUCUUGUCCUCAUGUUUAGUGUGAACGUGACGAAAAAGAUGUAACUUAUCCAAACCAAGUGGAGCGUGACGCAAUUGACUUGUUUGAGGUAAAUGGAGGUUUGAUACCUUUGUUUUUGUUGUUUCAAGAAACACAACUUUGAUUAAUAAUAUUCUACGACUAAGUUAUAUUCAUUCAACUUGCAGGCUGGAGAAAAGAAGUCGGGGACGGAUGAAUCGAAAUUUGUGCAUAUUUUCAGCAAGAGAAGUUUCCCUCAUUUGAAAAUGAUGUUUGAACAAUACAAGAAAGUAGGAUUUUGUAAAGUUCUUAUUUUUUUUAUAAUAUCCUAACUCCUGAGCACAUCUAUCUCAAAUUCUAACAUUUUGUGUUCAUGUCUAGACGUCCGGAAAAACGAUUGAAGAAUCCGUAAAGAGCGAGUUUACUGGCGAUACUGAAGCAGCAUUCAUGACUCUAGGUAUAAAUAAAAAACAUUGGAAAAUACUGAAAAAUACACAGUGAGAUGUUUUCCAUAUCUUCACUAGUGAAGAUAUCGAUCAUAUGACUUUUUCCAAUUUGCUUUUGAGCGUGAAAUUUCACAUUUUUUUGCUUGGGACUAUAUAAUAAACAGAACAUUACACGGUGCUUGAAGAUAUGACUUUUACCUUCUCGUGUUAAAAAACAAUAUUUUACUCACUCGCCGCUCGUUCGUAAAAUAUUGUUUUCACCACUCGAAGAUAAAAGUCAUAUCUUCGCGCCGCCGUGUAAUAUCCUCUAUAUAUUCUUUUGGAAGCUAGUCAUUGUGAAACUGGGAAAAAGAGUUGAGUAUAUAAUGUUAGCUUCUUUUCAGGCUUACGUAUAGUGUAGGUUGUAAUUAAAAUUUUUUCCAUGACAGUAUCCUACGUGCAAAAUCCGCUGACGUCACAUGUAAGCAAACUAAACUCGACCAUCAAAGAUGACUCGAAGAUGUUUUACCAACUUAUUGUCGAACGUUCUGAGGUUUGUAAUGAAACUAUCAUAGAGGAUAGUAAACUAACCCAUUAUCUUAUUUUUCAACAAUAUUUUAUCCCAUUGCAACAAACCUGUUUAGCAAAGUUUAUUAGCCAACCGUUGACAAAAUUUGUAACAGUUCGUUUAAUUAACGAUACUAUAGUAAUUUACGGAUGAACAGUCAAUUAUCAAUUUUUGUGAUUGAACGAAAAUAUAUAAGUAAACUCACCUCUAAACACAAUACGCUGCCGUUUAUCUUGCAUCGUUAAUUAUUAUGCACCUAUUCGCAGUAAAACAUAUGGAAAACUCAAUUCAUUGAACAUUUGUUCACUAUUUUUUUAUAUUUAGAUUGACAUGGUCGAAAUAAAAAAUCUUUACAAAACAACGCACGAAGUGACUUUGGCUGAUGACAUUCGAAAACAUUACACAGGAGAUACCAAAAACAUUUUGUUGGCUUUGAUUAAAGGUAGCAUUUUUCGUAUGAAAUAUUGUUUUUACGGCUUAAAUUGUAGAGAAAAUAUCGGGAUUGUACCAGGGCACAUGGCUGCACGUACACAGUCACAUGCAUAAACCCGACGUGGACAUCGACUGGCGCUUAACAGCGUAGAGUUUUGGCAAACGACCCAACCCGAGCCUGAUCGCUGCCCAAAAUUGCGACAACCACCUCGUAAAUUGUUUCCGUAUAACUAAUGGGGCCGCUGUAAUUGGCAAUAGCUGUUGUGGUUUCCCAGCCAAUGAAUGUAUAAGUAUGAUGGCAAAGUGAAUAAAUAAAUAGAUAAAUAAAUAAAUGCAUUUGGAUCUUCUCGCGAACAUUAAUAAUUUUGGCUUAUUCUCUGGAAUAAACUGUUGGAGCCAACUUGCAUAUCGACAUGUGCUUCAUCACCAGCUUUGGUUGAUUUCUUGUUUUUCUUUUUAUCAUAUAGAAUGGGAUCCAGAGAAAGAGGUAAACGACUCUACAAUUUAUUUUACCUCGACUCAUUAA